CUGGACGCUGCUGAACUCCCUGCCACGCCACUCAUAUAGUUUAACAUUAAAUAACAUCAUAUUUGUCCUAAAUCCUUAACGAUUAACUGCUAACGCAUAUUCUGGAUCUUGAAAUAGACUUUGACUUAGCUCACGCUAUUUAACCUGCACGUGCGGUGUGCAAAUUCCUGCGAGUUGUACUACACGCGAUGCCUCUCAGUGCUUCUCGCCCGGAAAACCCCCUUGAAGCACCUGGCUAGCCUUUCAAGGAAAGAUGGCACAGUUCUCUGACAUGAUUUCUUUCUCACUGUGGAUAUCGAUCCCAAUCUUUUUAUGUUCUGGCUGUAAUGGCGGAAAAGUUUUGGUGGUGCCUUUGGAGGGAAGUCAUUGGGUGAAUAUGAAUGUCCUCAUCAAAGCUUUGCAUGGCCAGGGACACACAGUUGAUGUGAUACGCACCAACAACAGCUGGUAUGUCAAAGAAAACUCAACUUAUUACAAUUCUAUAACCAUACAUAACAGCAAAUGGAUGGAUGAAGAGUUUAUAAAGGAAGUUAUCCACAAAAUGAUUAACCACGACAGAGGAAAAAGCUCAUUGCUGAGUAUUGUAAGAUUGCAUGUGGACAUGUUCAGUUCAUUAUUAAAAGUUCAUGGAAUGAUAUGUGAGUUUGUGACAAACAUAUUUGAAAAUGAAGAAAUUAUGAAGACUCUGAAAGAAAGGCAGUAUGAUUUAAUUCUCACUGAUCCCAACUGGGGUUCUGGAAUUCUGUUGGCUCAUAAACUCCAGCUACCCCUGGUCUAUAAUGCGAGAUGGACAGUUAGUGGUGAAGGACACUUGGAGAUCGCUCCCUCACCAUUAUCUUACAUCCCUAUGACAGUGUCAGGACACACAGACAAAAUGACGUUCUUUCAAAGAGUAAAAAAUGUUUUCUUUUAUAUGCUGAUGGACCUUCCCAGUAAGCUUUUCACUGACCCGCAGUACCAAGCACUUUGUGACAAAUAUUUUCAUCCACCUGUACAUUUUCGUGAACUUCUCCGGGGAGCUGAUAUUUGGCUGAUGAGAGUUGAUUUUGUUUUUGAAUUUCCUCGUCCAACCAUGCCAAAUGUCAUCUACAUUGGCGGCUUCCAGUGCAAACCAGCAAAAGCUCUCCCACAGGACCUGGAGGACUUUAUGCAAACUUCUGGAGAUCAUGGUGUGAUCAUCAUGUCUUUAGGAGCGUUUGUGAGUAAUCUUCCAGAUGAUGUAAGUGAAGAAAUAGCUGCUGCUUUUGCUCAGCUCCCUCAGAAGGUGAUUUGGAGAUAUACUGGUAAGAGACCAUCUACUCUGGGCAAUAACACAUUACUGCUUGAAUGGAUGCCACAGAAUGAUCUUCUAGGACAUCCGAAGACUCAGGUUUUUGUAGCUCAUGGAGGAACCAAUGGAGUUCAGGAAGCUUUGUACCACGGUAUUCCAGUGGUGGGAAUUCCACUUUUCUUUGAUCAGUAUGAUAAUCUUCUUCGACUGCAAGAAAGAGGAGGAGCCAAGAUUCUCUCUAUCGCAACUUUAGAUAGGAACAUACUUCACACGGUCAUAGAGGAAGUCAUCAAUGAACCGUCCUACAGACUGAGUAUGCAGAAACUUUCUCAUCUUCACAGAGACAAACCAGUUCAACCUUUAGACAGCGCCCUCUUCUGGAUUGAGUUUGUUAUGAGACACAAAGGGGCUGCUCAUCUUCGUACAGAGUCUUACAAACUGCCUUGGUACUCCUAUUACUCAGUAGAUGUUGCAGUUGUAUUGUUUACAGUUGUUUUGAUAUUUACUCUCUCUGUUUUUUGGACUGUUAGAUAUCUGUGUGUCAUGAUGUGCUGCAACAGGAAAAGGAAAACUGAGUGACGUGUACAUGUUUGCAUAUGAAGUACACAGUAGUCCACUCAAAAAGGUUUACUCUGUCAUUGCUUACUCUCAUGUAAUAGCGCAUUUAUAUACUCUUCUUGAAACAUGAACAAAUGUUAAGAACAUCUUUACAGUUAGUUAAAACAAAGACCAUUUUGGCUGCUUGCAGUUUACGUAAAUGUUUUGUAAAGAAGACCUGCCUUGUUGCUACUGUGGAUAUAGGGUGUCAAACUCAUAGAUUUGCAUCAUUUAAAGUUCAGAUGCUCUUUUUAAAAUAUUUGGGGUCAACCUCUGGCACAGCUUUAAAGCAACACUAAAGACUUAUUGCUAUUUGCUCCCCCUACAGAUUAGAAGCGUAAUUGUUCAUUACCACUGUCGUAAAUACUGCAGCAUAGCUGGCUCUGAUUGGAUUGUAGGUCUGCCGUAAAGCAAGUUUUUGUAGUUUUCACUCGAACUACAGGACCAAUACCCGACGGUUGGAAACUUCUUUAGUGCGGUUUUGGCCGAUAGAGGGCUGCAAAGCGAAUGUGAAAGUGCCAUUCACCCUGUUUUGAGUGGAUGAACCACUGAAACUUUUUUGGAAACGUUAUUUUAAGGUAAAAAAAACUCUUUGGUGUUGCUUUAAAGCUUAAACUUAUCAAAUCCUAUCAGAGGUCCAGAAUGUCAUUGAAAACACCAGUGGCUUUGUCAUCAGUAUUAAACAUGUUACCCCACAGAGCCACCCCACAUAACAAAUCCCAAUUUAACCCCUGUGUAUAUUACAUUAUAAAUCUUAAAUGCAUAACCAGUAGACUCAUGAUCAUUGAUUACACCAGAGCCGGCCAUAGACCUUUGGGGGCCCUAAGCAAAAUUUGGUUGGAGGCCCCUUUGGCCAUUUUAAGUAAGGCCUAAAGAAAAAACAAUGACUACCUUAUAACUAUACUGUACAUAUUAUAUCUACUAUGUUAUUUUUACAUUUUUUAGUCUAUUAAAUUAUGUUUUAAUUAUUCUAUGUAUACUGUAUGUUAAUUCUCUUUUUUUUACGCUGCUGGUCCUGAGUACGUAUUUCGUUAUUAUGUGGCAACAUGUACAGGAUGACAAUAAAAGACCUUGAGUUCUUGA